AGGUCAUACACAACCACAUAAACCUCCAUCGUACUCACUACCUCAGCCCACUGAAGCGGGGGUUGACUGCAGAAGACGUUUUUAGGCUAGACCGUAUCCUAACGGAUGCGCUAGAAGGAGACUUUCAGGGAGCCAAGCCCAAGGUGAAGGGACAGUCAGAUCCAAGCCCCGACUCAGGGCCCGGGGAAAUCACCAUGUCCUUCACCGGGCGUUGGUCAGAUGAGCCUCCUUACCACCUGCGUUCACGCAAGGUUGACCUAGAACAUCAGGGAAAGGGUAGAAAGAAGAAAGGAAGGAAACAGGAGGAGGAAGUAGAGGAGGAAAAUGAAGAUGAGGAAGAAUCGGAGGGCGUAGUACUUAAUAGCCCUCUUUUUAGAGUGGGAAUACAGGACAAGUACAGACCAUUUACCAUGGGCGAUCUACAGGGGCUGGUAGACAAACUUCCACCCAUAACUGAGGGCGGGGGCAACUGGCUAGGUAAAUUGGAAGGGCUAACAGCAGGCCACAAAUUAGCUUUGGGGGACUUUAGGGCUAUAACUCACCGCUGUAUGUUGGCCACAGACGUGAGAGAGCUUGAGCUAGAGGCCGGUACCAGUGUACAACCAGACUCUACUCCAUUCUACCUUGUCUCUACCGCCAUAGGUAGACACCUGAGGGACAGAUACCCUAUUUCCAAUGCUGCAGCCAUCCCCAAGUUCAAGUGGGAUGCCAAACAAAGCCCUAGAGACUUCCUAGACUGCUGUAAGGAAAAAUGGAUAAAUCAGACAGGCUGUCACCCUGGCAAACCAGGAGUACAGCAAGAGUGGUACAGAACUGCGGUGCUUAAGGGAGUUCCAGAACCAGUUAAACAGGCUAUUGAGGAAAAUCCAGACAUGAUUGGUGCAGACUCCACUAAGUGGGAACGCCACAUAAUUUUCCACAUGACACGCGCUCAAGACAACCAAGACACAGAGGAAUCUGGCCUUAAAGAGCUUCAGGCUCAACUGCUCAAAAUGCAAUUAGCUGAGGCUAGGCAAAAGAUUAAUGAGGGAAAGAAAGACAAGGACAAAAAAGGCAGACAUGUCAUGGCUUUAACUGCAGGGCCCCCCACUCCUGACCUUUUCCCCAUUCCUGACUGGAUCCCAGCCCCUCCACACACACAACCACAAUCCUAUGCCCAACCCCCACCCUAUAGGCGGGGUCCUCCCCAAUGGCAACAAAAUAGUGGGAGGGGAUAUGGGAGAGGAGGAGGGAGACCAGGGAGGGGGCGGGGCGGCCCGCCCCGAGGGGGAACUCCAGGAGCCUGCUUUGUCUGCGACCAGAUGGGAUAUUGGUCGAAGGAGUGUCCACAGCGAGGGGGUCACCAAGGGGGAAGGGGUUACCAGCAAAGGGGUCCAUACCAGCCACUGCAGGGACCACCGACAGGGCCACCCCAAGCACAAUUCCAGAUGGCUGAAUGGAACUGGGCUGGCUGGGAGCCAGGUCAACAACAGCCACAAUGA